GUAAGAAAUCGGGAAUAGAAAAAAGCAAAAUCCCGAAAUGAUUAGAUUAGAUUAAUCAAAAGAAAACGUUUUUGCAGAUCAGAGAAAGAGAAAGCAAGAGCAAAACCACCGCGGAUCACGACAGCUUCUCUAACCCACCAACCAAAAAUUCACAUCUCUCUCUCCUUUAACACCAUUUGAGAAAUCUUGCAUUUUAAGCUGAAUCAAACAACCACACACUCCAACUGUCGGCAAGUAAAUUUCAUCCCUUUUUUUGUAUGAAACGCAAAAAAAAGUGAGAAAAAAGGGUCAAUAUAGUCAUAUACAGUCAAAAUUGGAGUGUAUAACUUGUAGAAAUUUUAUUAAAGUCUGUGCAGAAGUUGAUUUUGAGUGAAAAAGGGAGUUUGAUUUGUUCAAAUGUUAGUCCAAGAUCGAAUACCCCCAAAGGGUUCAGCUCAAAAUCCCCCAAAUUUGGCGAAAUCCCAGGUGAGAAAUCUCUCAAGUUUACAUCCCAGUAGAUUUUCUGAGUCUAAAUCUCUUGAUUUUUCAACAUGGGUAUCUGAAAAUCUGUAUAAAGUCUUUGCAAUUUUAGUAUUACUUGCUACUGUUGCUGCACUAUUCUUCCUUCGUAAUUUGGGUGAUACUGCUGCAUUUAUGUGCUUUGAGACCCAGAGUAAGACGCUUGAAACCAUACAUUUCCCCAAAAUUGAUUGGAAUUCAAUUAAACCCAUCACUGAUAGGGUCACCCCAUAUUCGAGUUUUCGAGCCGAUAGAUGGAUCGUUGUUUCUGUGUCAGAUUAUCCGAACGAUUCCCUAAAGGGUUUGGUAAGGAUCAAAGGGUGGCAGGUCCUCGCAAUAGGGAAUUCAAGAACCCCGGAUGAUUGGGAACUAAAGGGUGCUAUUUUUUUGUCAUUAGAUAUGCAAUCAAAGUUGGGUUUUCGAGUUUUGGAUUACCUGCCUUAUGAUUCUUAUGUUAGGAAGAGUGUUGGGUAUUUAUUUGCUAUCCAGCAUGGCGCUACUAAGAUUUUUGAUGCUGAUAAUAGAGGGGAUGUGAUUGAUGGGGAUUUAGGGAAGCAUUUUGAUGUGGAGUUAGUGGGGGAACAGGCUAGGCAGGAGAUUUUAUUGCAGUAUACUCAUGAGAACCCGAACCGGACGGUUGUUAAUCCGUAUAUACAUUUCGGACAGAGGUCCGUUUGGCCUAGGGGGUUGCCUCUUGAAAAUGUGGGUGAAAUUGGGCAUGAGGAGUACUACACUGAGGUGUUUGGUGGGAAACAGUUUAUUCAGCAGGGGAUCUCGAAUGGUCUUCCUGAUGUUGAUUCCGUUUUCUAUUUUACUAGGAAAACAGGAUUGGAAGCGUAUGAUAUUAGGUUUGAUGAGAAGGCUCCAAAGGUAGCCCUGCCACAGGGUAUGAUGGUGCCUCUCAAUUCUUUCAAUACAUUGUAUCAUACUUCGGCGUUUUGGGGUUUGAUGCUUCCUGUUUCUGUCAGUACUAUGGCUUCUGACGUGUUAAGAGGAUACUGGGCUCAGAGGCUUUUGUGGGAGAUUGGAGGGUUUGUGGUUGUUUACCCUCCGACAGUUCAUAGAUAUGAUAGAAUUGAAUCAUACCCUUUCUCAGAGGAAAAAGAUCUCCAUGUGAAUGUGGGUCGUCUAACAAAGUUCUUGAAUUCGUGGAGAUCACAGAAGAAUAGACUGUUUGAAAAGAUUUUGGAACUGAGUUUUGCAAUGGCAGAAGAAAGAUUUUGGACUGAGAAAGAUGUGAAAUUUACAGCUGCUUGGCUUCAGGACUUGCUUGCUGUUGGGUACCAGCAGCCAAGGCUAAUGUCUUUAGAGAUCAAUCGGCCAAGGGCAGCUAUUGGCCAUGGAGAUAGAAAGGAGUUUGUCCCUAGAAAGUUGCCUUCUGUGCACCUGGGGGUGGAAGAGAUAGGUAGUGUGAACUAUGAAAUUGGAAAUUUGAUUCGGUGGAGGAAGAACUUUGGAAAUGUUGUGCUAGUUAUGUUUUGCAGUGGCCCUGUUGAACGUACAGCCUUGGAAUGGAGAUUACUUUAUGGACGAAUCUUCAAAACUGUCAUCAUUUUAUCAUCAAAAAAGAAUGUUGAUCUUGCUGUUGAUCAAUCUCAGUUGGAUUAUGCGUACAAGAAGCUUCCUACGAUAAUGAACAGAUAUUCAAGUGCCGAAGGAUUUCUUUUUCUCCAAGAUAAUACCAUCCUUAAUUACUGGAAUCUAGUUGUUGCAGACAAGACUAAGCUUUGGAUCACUAACAAGGUAUCAAAGUCGUGGACUCCUGUGGCAACAAACAAUGGUGAUUGGUUCUCUAAACAAGGAGAAAUGGUAAAGAAGGUCGUAAACACAAUGCCAGCUCACUUCCAAGUAAAUUAUAAGGAAGCUGCAAAGAGCAAUCAGGGGUUCGUGGUAUGCAGUUCAGAGCUGUUUUAUGUUCCGAGGAGAAAUGUGGAAGACUUCAUGGAUUUAGUUGCUUUAGUAGGCGACUUAGAAAUGCAUCAUAAGGUUGCAAUACCCAUGUUCUUUCUGGCAAUGGAUUCACCUCAAAACUUUGACCCAAUAUUCAGUACAAUGGUUUAUAAAAAGAAACCACCAUCUGGUAACACAACCUUGUAUUCCGCUCAAGCACCGGCAGUUCACCCAUGGAGUGUGUCAACUGAACAAGAAUUUAUCAAGCUUAUUAGGGUAAUGGCUGCUGGAGAUCCUCUUCUGAUGGAAUUGGUUUGACGCGAAAAAGGACAUUUUAUUCUUUUGCCAUUAAAGUCGGAAACAAGUAAGAAACAGGAAGUAGAAAACCCAUAUGUAACACUGCCAAUGAACGGUUCUUCCGUUUUUAGUUUGUUUUCCUGCCCUCGAAGGGGGAGGAGUUUUUGUAAAUUGUUGAUUCAAAUUCAGUGAGUGAAUAUUCCAACAACGCAAAUAGAAGGAAUUCUUUUCAUUCUUUCUAACACGCUUCCAAGUUUUAUGUAAAUGUCUUACAUUAUUUUUGAAUGACUUGUUGGUCUACUGAUCAGAUUGUUUAUUUUUCGUCAAAAUUCUCA